CAUCAUCUCGUUGGGCAUCAUAUACUUGUGGGAAGCUUCUACUUUUUAUAUUUGAACUGCCAUCCCUUUCGACUCUUCUCGAACAGUCAGCCACGUAAAAUGCAUGUCCCCAGUAUUUUCAGCCUUACUACUCUCCUCGCGGCAGCAUCCGCCGUCACCGUCUCUUAUGACCCCGGCUACGAUCAGUCGUCCCGAUCUCUCACAGCUGUGGCCUGCUCUGAUGGCAAGAAUGGCCUAAUCACCAGGUAUGGCUGGCAGACGCAGGGCAACAUCCCCAAGUUCCCAAACAUCGGCGGCGCCCAAGCCAUUGCGGGAUGGAACUCGGCCUCCUGCGGUACCUGCUGGAAGCUCACCUACAAGGGCAAGAGCAUCAACAUUCUGGCUAUUGACCAUACUGCCUCGGGCUUCAACAUUGCGCUCACCGCCAUGAACACACUCACUAACGGCCAGGCUGUCAAGCUUGGUCGUGUCGAUGCUACAGCCACCCAAGUUGCGGUUAGCAACUGCGGAGUGAAAUAA